CCGCUUUAUUGCUCAACGCGUCUCUUUAUUUAGCGAUUGACAAUCAAGAUAAUUGAGCGGCUGAGAACGCUCGUGCGAACGGCGUCGUUAAACAAACGCAACGGGGCGAGAGACUCGGUGUUGCGCGCGUUCGCCCCAUCGCGAGAGGUUACCCGACCAUCAAGCAGAAUUGUCGUCGAACGAAUCGCUAUGUUGUCCAGAGUGACAGUUAAUAUUAUCAGGAGAUCGGUGUGCAACAAUGCGCGCGUGCUCUGUCAUCUGCGGGAGCCUUUACAGUCUGAUCUCUCGUUGCGCAACGGAGUUGCGGAGCCGCCGCGCAGCGUACAGAAUCGCUGUAGCCUGUACGUAGCAAAGCGAUUCAAGUCCAGCAGGAAGAAAGCCACUCACAUUAGAAAACACAGCGACGAGGAUUCCGACGAUGAGCUGGAGAGAGAUGAUGAGGAAGUAGCCCCCGGUUCGAAAGUGAUGAAGGUGAAGGUGUCCUCCCUGCGAAUAGACCUGAUUAUCAAAGCUGGAUUCGGAAUGACUCGCACUAAAGUCGAGGAGGCCUUUUACGCGAGCAAGCUUCGCUUAAAUGGCAACAAGGUGUUGAAGAAAUCUAAAGAGGUGGCAGUAGAAGAUGAAAUCGAUCUAAUUUUACACCAAAGCACGGAUAAUCCUGGGCUACUUGUUGUAAAUAGAAUUGUGAUAUUAUCAAUGGACCCUGCAAACGAGGGUGUACAAAUUAAAUUAUCCAGGGAUAAAAACUUGUUAAUUGAAGAUUACGAGGAUCCCUAUUUAAGAUAGUCUGUAUAGCUCAACUUGUUGGCGUCUCGGUGAUAAAAUUGUAUGUACAUAAUGAAGAUACGACAUCUCUACCAUUGUGAUACCUAGCAAUUUAAUAAAUUACAACAAUAAACUUCAAGUAAGACCCCUAA